AUGGCUGUUCCAGGAAAGGCGGCAGCUUUCCAUCUGCCUCCCCUGCCAACUGUUGGAGAGAUUAUUAAGCUCUUUCGCCUUAAAGCACAGAAACAACUUUCCCAGAACUUUCUACUGGAUUUGCGAUUGACAGACAAGAUAGUGAGACAAGCUGGUGAGCUGAAAAAUGCCUAUGUUUGCGAAGUGGGCCCUGGGCCAGGAGGUAUUACCAGAUCCAUUCUUAGUGCUGGUGUUGAACAACUCCUUUUAAUUGAAAAAGAUGCUCGAUUUAUUCCAGGAUUGCAGAUGUUAUCAGAAGCAGCUCCAGGAAAAGUACGCAUUGUUCAUGGAGAUAUUCUGACAUAUAAAAUGGAGAAGGCUUUUCCAAAGCACUUAAAAAAGAACUGGGAGGAUGAGCCACCAGAUAUCCAUAUCAUUGGGAAUCUGCCCUUCAGUGUUUCAACUCCUCUAAUCAUCAAAUGGCUUGAAAAUGUUUCCAAAAAGGAUGGACCUUUCAUUUAUGGCAGGACACAGAUGACAUUGACUUUUCAGAAGGAAGUUGCAGAGAGGCUUACAGCUAAUCCAGGAGGUAAGCAGCUCAGCAGACUGUCCAUCAUGUCUCAGCAUCUCUGCACUGUUGAAAACUGUUUUGUGAUUCCAGGUCAAGCCUUCGUUCCAAAGCCAGAGGUGGAUGUGGCUGUGGUGCAUUUCACUCCACUGGUGCAACCAAAGAUACAGCAGCCAUUCGAGCUAGUAGAAAAAGUGGUUCAAAGUGUUUUUCAGUUCAGAAGAAAAUACUGCUUCCGUGGACUCGAGACUUUGUUUCCUGAAAACGGACGUUUGAAAAGAACAGAGCAGCUGAUGAUGACAGCAAAUGUUGAUCCAACUCUGCGUCCUUUUCAGCUCUCCAUGUCACACUUUAGAAAUCUGUGCAAUACAUACAGGAAAAUGUGCGAUGAAGACCCAAGCCUUUUUGUGUACAAUUACAGAGAAGAACUAAGGCAAAAGAAGAUGAGGAAGAGUUUAUGUAAAAGUACUAGUCAGCCCCAACAGAUUGAAGAGGAAGACCAGCUGUAA